UGGGGGAGCGCGCGGGGCGGCGCAGUCCGGGUGGGCCUGCCUGGGACAUCCCCGGGCCGCUUUUCCGCCCGCGUGGAGUCUCUCUCGCUGCUGCGGAUCCUCGAUGCGCUUCGGCCUCCUCGGCGCGCCUUUGGGCCGUCCCGGCGGCUUCUGGCGCCGGGAUGUCUCACGGGGUUGCUGCCGCAGGGGGCGUUUUGCAAAGGAGCUCCUCUUCGGAAGACGCGCAGCAGGGCCACGAAGAUGAUGAAAGGAAAGUAAGGCGAAGAGAGAAGAACAGAGUUGCUGCUCAGAGAAGCAGGAAGAAACAAACACAGAAAGCUGAUAAACUCCAUGAGGAAUAUGAGUGCCUCGAGCAGGAGAAUACCUCCCUGAAAAGAGAGAUUGGAAAGCUGACAGAUGAAAUGAAACAAUUGACAGAAGUCUUGAGAGACCAUGAAAAGAUCUGCCCUCUUUUGCACUGUUCUUUAAACUAUGGCUUGAUGCCAAGGCAUGAUGCCCUCAGUGGUCCCCUGCCAAGAUGAGGACUCCUUGAGAGAGCACUGAUGUGCUUUCAAGAUUCAACUGAAAUGCUUUCAGGAUCCAACAUCUCUUCAUCCUGCUACGUGAAUAGAAAACCCAUCAAAACUGUGGUCUUCAUCUUAGGACCACCAACUUAUCUUGGAAUCUACCAGAUAUCAAGAAGCCAUUUUUAUGGGAGAAUGUUUGGGCAGAGUUCCGUGUGUGCCAGAUCUUACUGAGUGCGCCAUACCCAGUAAGGAAUCUGAAAUAGUACAGAAGCUAGGAUACAAAGAAUUGUAAUAUGGAAUUAUGUUUAUAUGGAAUUGUUUAAAAUCUCAUUGUUGAAAACUUUUACAAAUUAUCAGGGAAGAGUUUGCUGGAGUCAAUACUGGGAACAGCAUCCUAGAAUCAAGAGCUGAGCAUCCUUGCAUACUUUCCAGCUCAGCACCAGGUUUCUCCUCUUCCUUUGGUCCUGCCAAAUAUUUCAAGCUCUGCAAAGAAAUCCAAAUGCUACAAUUGGGCAAGAAGCUUUAAAUCUCCCAGUGGGAGACCGUGCAGCCCCAGCACUUUUCUUUUCCUCUCUCCCUGAUUCUGUUGGCUGCCUUAGUCAGCUCAACACAGGACUCCAGAUGUGCUGGAAAAGCAGGUGAGGGGUAGGGAUGACAAAGACAAGCAAGGAAUUGAUGGGAGGAGCUGCAGCUGCCUUCUUCACCACGGCUUCCAGAGUUUCAAGGCUAUUUUGCAGUUACAAGUUAUGCCCAUUAAAGGAUAUAUAAAUCUGCAAAAUGUGUUAUGCAGAUAAAAUUUCCUGAAGCAAAUUAUCUGUUCUCCUCAUUUUAAACAAGUGAUGUAGGGGGAAGAGAGUCAGCCUUUGGUUUGGCUCGGUUUUAUGGAGGCAGAACGGGUAAUGGUUGCUUGUUCUAGAUGAGGGGUUCCCUACCCCUGUUCUAGAUCAUCCUUCAGGACGGCUUUAUUUAGUACACAUACAUUCUUGUUUUCUACUUGCACAGCUAUUUAUUAUGCCACCUCCUACUAUUUUUUAAGUAUCCAUUGCCCUACACAAUAGAUUCAAAUUCUAAAUCUUAUAAUAUUUUCAGCAUCUUUGCUGAAUUGUUUCCAGAUCUCAAUGUAGGCAUGUUUGUUUUCUUGUAGGGAGGAUUCUUCUCUGAUAAAUGUACAUUGUCAUUUGUAUCCUAACUGGAAAUCUUUGUAAACUGUUCGUUUUUUCUAAAUGUCAUUUCCAAGAACAUUAUUUUCUCUUUAAAGGUAGUCAGCACCGUAUAGUUGUGAUCUAGUGAACUGGGUAUGUUUCCCCACUCCUACACAUGAAGCCUGCUGGAUGACCUUUGGCCAUUCAUAGUUCUUUCAGAACUUUCUCAGCCCCAUGUACUUCACAAGGUGUCGGGAGAGGGCGGGAAGAUGACAGCAAGACACUUUGAAACUCCUUAAAGGUAUAAAACCAACUCUUCUUCCAGCUCAAAAUUGCAGUCAUGUUGAGGGAAGAGAGCUGUGAAGACACAGGUUUCCCAAGAGACCAUCUCUUCUAUUCUGCAGGAUUUCUGCCUCUUGCUUCUCUACCAGAGUAAAUUGAAGCAGGGAAAUAUACCCAUCUUCACCAACAACAUUCGCUGCACUUCUAGAAGUUUAUAGUCCUCCCAGAUGUUUCCUCUACAAAUUACUCUGAUCAAAAGUGUAUUUGUUGACAGGCAUAGAUAAAGUUAGGGUUGCCAGAUUUACAGCACAGUCCUUUGCAGAGUUACUCCAAUCAUGUAUAUCCUUUUAUUUCAAUAGGCUUAGCCUGGCAUAACUCUGCAAAGGUUUGCACUGCAUAGGACUGCACUGUUAGACUGAGAGGCUGUUUUUGAACGGCCAUAGCAGCGGCUUCCCACCAGCUUAAACAAAGCUGGUGGAGCUUUGUGACUGCUCGCACAGUCCCGUGCGGGCAGUCCCAAUGCUGAUUCUGCCUGCAAGGGUGGCUCUGCACAGAGCAGCCUAGGGUGUUUGU